GUGUUCUCCGAGUCGUUGUGAACACGGUGGCAGAUGUUCUCAGUCCUGGACCAUCUUCCACUGUAACUGUUCUGACAGCGGCUACAGCGGAGCGACUUGUCACAGCCCUGUGUACGAGCCGUCCUGUGAGGCCUACAAACACAACGGGAACACGUCAGGACAUUUUUAUAUCGACGUGGAUGGCAGUGGACCAAUCAGACCACAGCUGGUCUACUGCAACAUGACAGAGGAGAACACGUGGACGGUGAUCCUGCACAACAACACAGAGCUGACCAGAGUCCGACCGUCUCCAGGAGGAACCCAGCAUUCAGCCCACUUUGAGUACUCUGCAGAAGAAGAGCAGCUAAUUGCUGUCAUCAGCCAAUCAGAGCACUGCGAGCAGGAGCUCUGCUAUCACUGCAAGAAGUCCCGCCUCCUUCACACUCCAGUGAUGGUGAUGGGAGGCGUUGGGGAGAAUGAGGGAGUGGUGGAGGGAGGGGGGUGGGGCAGGGCUGAAGACUCCGGUCUGCUCACCCAUAAGGAGGACCUCCCUGUCAGGUCUGUAGUUCUGGGCGACAUCCAGAGGCCUGGAUCAGAGGCCGCGUACAGGGUGGGACCCCUGCGUUGUCAUGGAGACA